AUGGUAUGGGUAUUAAUUUUCCUUUUAUUGAUUACUUGUAUUGAUUUAAGAGUUGAUGUUUAUAGUGUAUAUAAAUUUGCCUACUCAUCUUAUGUUGGAUUAAAGUUCAUGGAUAAAACAGACAUGGAGGAGCCUUCUAUGCUGGUUCAAAGGCCAUCAUCUAGUUAUAGUCAAGAAACAUCCCAUAUCCUUGUUAGUACUUUUCGAGAACUAUACUCACACAAUGGUAUUAAUGAAGAUACAGUUGAAAAUUUAGCAGCAUCCAAAACUGGUGACCAGGACUAUCACAACAGAUACGUUGAAAAAUUACAAGCAAUACACAGAACUUGGAAUGAAAAAACAUCCAAUGCGAGAUUACUUGCCAAUCAUCUUAAAGAAGCAUAUAGUCGAGCAAGAAAACUAGAACAAGAAGAGCAGGACAAAUAUGAAUCUUACUCUGAGCUGGGUUUACCACCUGUUUCAUCAAAACUUUGCAUGUUUCUUGAUAAAGAUUUGUUAAAGUCAAAUCACUUGAUCAUACCAGCACACUACACUAACAAAGAAGAAAGACCAUUUGUUCUACCAACAGAAAGUGAGUACACACCACAAUAUGUCAGUACAACAUUCUCAUCCCGGCUGCAUUUUGAAACCAUGCCACAAGAAGACAACUAUCUACCCGAACCAGAACCAAUGGUUCCAUCAUUUUCAAACAGCAGCAACACGAAAUCGAAAAUAUUUCAACGAAAAUCUCAGGCACAAGGUACAACUCAAGAUAAAAACCUUUGGCGAAAGUGUCUAAAUCCAAAGCAAAGAGAAAUAGAGAAAAAAGAUAUCUCCAACCUGCAAAGCAAAGCAGAUUUUUUAAAAAACCCAAGAUUUGUUGAUCAACCAAAAGCUUUUCUGAACAAAGCAAGUACAAAUACAACAGAUGAAAGUUCAACUAAGUAUGUCGAAUUCUUUAAACCACAUCCAUUUCCUAUUGUGUUUCAAGAUUAUCAAGUUGAUGAAGUUUAUGAGAUUAAACUUGAAUUACGAAAUGUUACGGCAUCCAGCAGACAAGUGAGGAUUUCGCAACCAACUACACCAUAUUUUUCUGUCAGCCAUGGCGAAUUUCCAACUGAAAAUGGUCUGGUAGCACCAGGAAUGUUUUGUCACUACAUAGUUCGUUUCGCUCCUGAUUCAUUGGCAGACUAUGAUGAUGUAUUAGAGGUUAAAACGCAAUCUAAAGAACCUUUAUUAAUACCUCUUCAAGCGAGACGGGAACUACCUUCAUUAUCAUUGCCUGACUUCAUGAAUUGUGGAUUUAGUCUAGUUGGUAAUACAAAAUUUGUAAAAUAUUCAGUAUGCAAUAGUGGAGGUGCAGGAAAAUUUUCUUUCAAAUUAAAAGAUUGUGUUUCCCAUGACUUUGUCAUUGAUUGGAAUAAGAUUGACCUAGAAGCUAAAAAUGUGCUUAGAACUGAAGUGUUCAGCUUGGAACCAUCUUGUUUUAUGCUGGGAACAAAUGAGUGUAUUGAUAUUAAUGUUACAUUUACACCAAAUGCUGUUAACGCAUAUUCAACAAAGCUCUGCUUAUACUGUGAUAAUUGUGUGAACAAAGAAUACAUCCUUGAGGGCACUGGUGAAGUAGCUAAUGUGAAAUUAUCUUUUGUUGAUAACGGAAUAAGAGUUCCAUUACUGGGAGAAACAUAUGAUGAGUCAGCACAGAAUAUCAUACAGUUUGAUGACUGCUAUCCUCAUGUAUCUGGAACGAAGGAACUUUACAUUUCUAAUACAACAUCUGUCCCAUUACAAUUUAAUUGGCAACUAUCCACACCAAGUAUGUCUCAAUCCGAAAACAUCCAUUUCUGUAAAGAAUCAGUCUUCAAUAUUCAACCAAAAAGUGGCAGUCUUAGCAAAAACAGUACUGUAAAGUUUUUUGUGGAGUUUUGCCCAGUGACAGUUGGUAACUUCUUUGAUGUUGCUUCAUUGGUGUUGAACAACAUUCCAGUUGAAACAAGUGAAGGCAGUUACACCCUUGAAGAUAUAACAUCACUUAAAUUUUCAAUGAAAGGGUCUUCACAGAACUAUCAAGUCUCAGCUAGUCCAGCAGCCAUCAUUUUAUCUGGAAAACAUUUUUGUGAUAAUGUGUAUAAAAGGAGUGUCACGCUACACAAUGAAAGUAAUGCCAAAGCUGGGUUUUCAUGGAAAUCUAUGGCGACAGAUACCUGCAUAAUUGAUGUUGUUCCCAGUAAUGGGACCAUUGAAGCAAAUUCAAAGAUGGAAUGUCUAGUUAGCUUUCAGAAAAAGAAGAGGGGAACAAUGAAAUGUUUACUGAAGUAUGAAGUUCCUUUCUCUUUUGGCGUUCAAGGGGUUUACAUAGAAGGAACAUUUGUGGGCCCAGAAGUUAACUUCGUAGAAAAACUCCUGAAUUUUGAGUUGAUAAGAUAUGGGACUUCAGGAACUAAAUCAAUAAGGUUAUAUAAUAAUUCACCAACAAAAGCUGUUUGGAAAGUUACGCAGAAUUGUAUGACACAUGACAGUGGUUUUCUAUUUGAUUUUUAUCCGGUGGAAGGAAUAAUACAACCAAAUGAGACACAAUCUAUUGCAGUUCAUCUCAAUCCGAAUGAAUUGGGAACAUUUCGUAGUUUUUUGGAAUGUCAUAUUGCAGAUGGUAAAGCAUGCUAUCUACCUGUCCAUGCAGAAGUUCAACGUCCUGAUGUUGUAUUAUCAAAAUCAGAGUUGUUAAUUGACGAGGCGUUCUUAGAUGUGACACAAACAUCACAAGUAACUCUGAUCAAUACCACGCUACUGCCUUCAGAAUUUCAGUGGAAUAAAGUACCUUGUUUGAGUGAAGAUCAAAGUGGCCAAGUGUCUAUCACAUGUGAACCAGAGUCUGGUGUAUUAAAACCACGUGAACACUUAAAUAUUCAAAUCAAUUUGACAUUCCAUACCUUAGGUGCUGUAGAAUUCUUUUUACCAUGUACUGUCAAAGAAAUGUUAACACCUGUUGUUUUAGCUGUGAAAGCUGAAGUAAAAGGGCUACAUGUGGAUUUCUCUUUACCCAAUAUUCAAGAUCUGGAAAACAAAGAAAACAACAUUCGGAAUAACGACAUCAUGGAAUUUGAUGAUAAUGUUUUAAUUGGAACACCUGUGUGCGCUUUGCUUAUGAUAGAAAACAGAUCAGCUAUUCAAACAACUUUUAGUGUGUGUGCUAAACACUUUCCAGCAGCUAGAGUUCCAACCCCACCCAAAAGAGAUAUAAAGAAAUUCAAAAGUUUUGGAAGUCGACCUUUACUUUCAAAGACAGCAAAUAUUGCUGACUACAACAGUAAAACUGAGGAGCAGGUCAAAAAAGAUUAUGCUAAAAACAUAUUGAGGGACGGACGUGGUAUAGCAUUUGUGUGUUUGCCUGCCUCAGGUGAACUGCAAGCGUUUGAGAAGAAAGUUAUUUCUGUUACUGCAUACAGUGACAUGUGGGGUGAAUACAAUGAUGUGUUAAUAUGUAAGGUUGGAGACUUAGAGGAGAAAUUGAUUCCUGUCCAUAUCGAUGUCAUGGGUAGUCCCUUGUCUUUUCAAAUGUCGAAAGAGCAACCUCCUUUAGUAAGAUUUGGUGCACAUGUGUCGGGAGGCCAACCUGUAAAUCGAAAUUUGCGAAUAAACAACGCUUCUCAUGUCGACAUUCGCUUGGAUUGGGAGACGUUUGUGAUAGACCCCGAAGAUAAACAGUUGAUCGACUUCAAUGUUUACAUCGGCGACGCGUUUCCUUUGUACGAUGAGAAUGGUGACGAGGUUUGUGAGAUGACGACUGCAGAUCAGCUAAUUAGAGUUUCAUUGGCUGAACAUUAUGGAAAACGUACAGACACACCUUUUAAAGUGGACACACCGCAAAUGGUAAUACCAGCUCAAAAUAACAAUAUCAUAGAUGUUUUAUUUCAACCUUUGCCACAUAUUCGAGAAGAAAGAAAUUAUCUCGGCUAUGCUCUUGGUUACAUGAGUUUAGACAAACUGGAUCGUAGCAAACCUGGAUUGUACUCUCGCUUGGAUGGAAUUGAUAUGCUACCGUUUGCACUAAAUUUAAAUGGUGGUGUGAAGCCCGCAAAGUUAUACUUGGAAGCUUGUGAUGCAGAAGGUUUCACGUUUGAACUAUCUGCUAGUGAACUUUUAGACGGUGAAAAAAAUAACGCCUCAUCCACAUUAAGCUGCGUGCGACGAUUUGUACUGGUGAAUAACAGUGGUGUAACGGUCUCAUUUUCAUGUAAUGUGUCUCCUCCGUUUAAACUUGUCAGCAUUGAUGGUGGAAAGACGAAAACGGGACACAAAACGAUAACGUUGAAAUCUCAAAGAAAUGUAGAGAUUAAAGUUGCGUUUAUAAUUAAUCGUGAACUUAUUACAUCACAUCAUAAGAGUGGCGAACCGAACAUCAAAGGAGAAAUGUCAUUUGAGUUCAAAAAUAACACAUACCAGAAUUAUGACCUUAUUGGUAUUGUGAACUAUCCAAUUUUUACCAUAUCACGUGACCAAGUCGACUUUGGGGUAUGUUUUGUGAGUGAAACACGAGAGCGUGCGUUCACUAUAACAAAUCCAUCAAAAGCUGCGUUGUACUGGAAGAUUGAGAAAGAUGAAAAGACACCUGAAGCAAGUAAAUCUGUGUUCACACUUUCUCAAACAAAUGGAGAACUAGCUGAAGACAAUUCAACAGAAAUAAAGAUUUAUUUUUCACCAAGACAUAACGUCGAAUAUGGUUGUACGCUUAACAUGUCGUCUAUAUCUGGUGCGAAAUACCUGCAUGAAGAGCCGAUAAAAAUUUCAUUGCUUGGAGCCGGAUCAUACGAUGAAAGUUACAGAGGAAUUAUGAACAUGUGAUGCCUUGACGUGUGAUAACACAAAUAUCAAACAAGAGUUUGUAUGCUUAUUAUAUUUUUCUUAGAGAAGCUUUUAUGCGCGUGAACGGCUGACAAAUUGUGUAGUAGUGCAAGCUAAACGUGAGUGGGUGAGGAUAGUAGCUUGGCACACUUGGGUGAGAGGGCGGAGCUUGGCGUUACAACUUUCAAUGUUAAUGAUUUUAUCAAGUGUAGUCAGUAUCUCAUAUGUCCUUAUCAGUCGUGAGCUAUAGAUUGAAUUUUCACUAGAGGGCGCAAGAGGGCGUUGAAUGCGCUCUUGUGGAUGUGUGAGUCACCCAACCAUAUAAAUAUUUAUUUUAGUCUAUAAAGUAAUAUAAUCGUUCAAGUUAUUUGUACAUAUGUUGAUUUUAAAAUAAAUUAUUCUCUCAAAAAAAUUGAUCUUUUUUUUUUAAACAGGAACAUUUCUGUGCGCGGCAGGGGAUGCAAAAGCCCAAGAACAAAGUCUACGCAUUCUUUUGUGAUGUUUUAAGUUUUUUAACAAACGUUUAUUACGCUUUUAAUAGUCUGGUUUGACGCAAAAAAUGUGUUUUUUUUUCUUCCUUUUUUUUCCUGUAAAAACAUAACACCCCACUCAUCAGGGUUCUCAUUAAGCGGGAUUCUCAUUUUUUUCUAAAUAGAGCAAAUACUGGGAUGAAGAAAUUCGUCACUUAAAAAAAUAGUCCAGCGUAAGAUCCUGCUGAUUUUUUUUUCUCUCUUUGUUUAACGCCGCUUUUUACUUCCACACAGAAUAUUAUAGUCUGUUUCUCAAUAUUAUCAGCGAAAGUAAUUAAUUUUUUCUUUAUAAAUUUUAUUUCUGGAUAACAAUCAGUCAAAGGAAUCAUAAGCAAAUCUGUUUUUGAAAAUUCUUUACUGAAACAGAGCGAGGAUGAAAUUUUUUAGCUGUUGUCAGCGUUGUUUUUAAUUUUGUUGUUGUUUUUAUUGAUGUUUUUGUUGUUAUUAUUGUUGUUGUUGCUGUAUGUUUUUGUUUGUUUUUGUUUAUUUCUAUUGUUUUUAUUAUUAUUGUUACUGUUGUAAUUGUUGUUAUUGUUAUUAGCAACUUGUCAACUUAAAAGGAAAUGACAUAUCGCAUCAUUUUCCUAUCGAUCAUGUGUAAAACAUGUUUUUUAAAAUAACCUUCUGCUUGACUUUACAUAUUUUAUAGUUAACAAAGGCUCUGGUAACAAAGUUGUUGUGUUAAGAAAGCAGCAGCUAAGGUCAACACCCACCAGUAAUAACAACAAAAUUUUUCAAAUAAAAAGCGAACUGGUAACAAAGUUUAUCAUGUCAUUCUUUCAUUACUAUAUCACCACUAUGUGUAUAUUAAUGUAUUAACGUCUUAAAGUAGGACUGAAAACGAAGUUCAUCGUGUUUCAUUCGCUCGUCAUUUUAACAGUACUAUAUUUAUACAGAUACAUUAGCUUUUUAAAUAAGGAAAGGCUGGAAACGAAGUUUAUCAUGUUUCAUUUAUUACUUCACAUUGUAUUUAUCUAUUAACACUUCAAAUAAAAAAAUGGGAUAAAAAAAAAUUAUGACGUCAUCAUAUUAGUUAACUAAAUAUUGCUAUUAUAUAGCUGUGUUAUUUGACUUUUGAAGAAAUUGACAUAAGAUAUCAAGUAAUAAUAUUUUACUUAAUACGUGGUAAGAUAUUUUUAUUGUUCAGUAACUACUUUAUUUGAUGAAAGUCGUUACAAUAUACGUUUAAUGGUUUGAUUAAUAAUUCGUUAUUAAAUGGACUUCCUAAAGAGAGGACUGGAUAUCAACCUAAACGAAACUGAAAUAGGACAGUAAAAGAUAUGGCUUCAUAUAAUGUCACGAAGAAAAAUCCGGCCACAGAAAAAGACGUCUGUUUUACGUUAUUUACAAGUGAAGCUAUCGAUGGCGCACACGGCACGAUGUUAACUAUCGUUCUUUUAAUUACGACGACGGCGAUUAUUACAUCGAACCUUCUUGUGUUGAUUGGAUUGUGGAAAACCAACAAAGUAUUCACAACUGUACACAAAUUACUUUUCAUUCUUAGCUCGCUGGAUCUUAUAAUUGGUGUAUUUGUAGCACCGCUACAGAUUACGAUGAUCAUGCUGGCAUCGAAAGCGCCUUGUUUUCUGAUAAAUCUUCAAGCCUUCAGUAAUGUUUUCUUACCACUAAUGGAUGGUAUGGUUCUUUUAACUCUUGUUUUUAUUCGAUAUCAGGUCACAACGAACUCCAAAAUUUAUCGAAAUUAUUCAAGUUUUCGUUAUGUCUACGUCAUGCUUUUAACUAGUGCCAUACCUCCUCUUACGUUCUCCACCUGGUAUGUUUUAAACAGACGAGUUAUUGAAGUAUGGAGUCACGCCUAUUUCUUCAUUACAGUGGCGAGUUUUACUGUAAUACUUUUGUUUGUUAUUAUGACUUUCAAUGUAAAAAUACUAACUUACGUAAAUAAAUCAGGAAAAAGAACAAGAGCUUAUACGACAACAGGUGCGUCCACGUAUCAUAGAAAUGUUUCAAACACAAUCCUGUUAAUCUCAGUAUCAAUUACAGUUUGCUAUCUACCAUUGAUUUUUAUAUUUUUAAUUUCGGGAUUUUUUUUGUUGACGAAGCAUAAAGAUAUGUCAGAGCUUGAAAUAAUUGUACCGUGGUCACAAAUACCGAUAUUGAUAAACUCGUGUUUGAAUUCGGUUAUCUAUAUAGCGCGAACUAAAGACAUUAAGAAUUAUUAUAGUGCAUUAUUUGGAAAGAAAAACAGAGCAUUGGAAACUACGUACGAAGAAAGACAUUCAACACAAAGAGAACAAAAUGUGUUAGAUUUUCAAAUUGCCUGUUAAGUCACUGUUUUAAAAGUUCAAAUGAUGAAACGCGUGCAUAUUUUUCUAUGACAAAGUUCCAUCAAGGUGAUAAUGCUUUACAAACUAUCUCUCUGUCCUCUGUCUCCCUCUCUCUCUCUCUCUGUCCUCUGUCACCCUCUCUCUCUCUGUCUCUCUCAGGAGAUCUCGACUGCUACAGGGGUAAGAAUAAAAUAUUUUGAACUGAUAAGUUUACUAUGUCAAGUAGGUUGCUCUCUCCUUGAUAAUUUAAUGCUUCCUUUUUUUUAUCUUUCCCCUAUUUUUUAUUUUAUAUUACCUUUUUAUAUAUAAUAUAUAUAUAAUUUUGUAUAUAUGAUUUUAAGUGAUCUAAAAUUUUAUUUUAUUUAUUGUUUUCCCUUCUCCUUCUUUAACCGACAAUUACCGUACGUCAAUAUCUUCAAAAUUCCAAUUUCAUCGAUAAACCAUGGUGACGUGGGAAAAUAAAAAUCCGCACAAAUUCCUUACACAAUAAUGUCAAUUUUUUUAUUCAAAUUUGUCCAAAAAUCACAAAUGGUAAGCUUUCAACAAAAGUUGCGAAGAAAUUAAGUCCAAGACCUAACACCAAUAAAAAUAACCUCUUCUUUAACUAUGUUUGACAUGUCGAGCAUUAAGUGAAAAAUUUAGACUAUUUUUAGUUCAUUUGUGUAAAUCUUUGGAUAUGUAUGGAAUAUUUAUAUUUAUCAUCGCCAAUGAGACAGUAACGAUGGUGUAAAAUAAAAGUUGUUGGACUGAAUUUC